AUGGAUGAUCAGAAAAAGUUGUUGGUUGGCUUGGUUUGCAGUGAUGCGGAAUUAGUGGAAUAUUAUGUUCAAUUAAUCACCGAAAUUAAACGAUUCAUUUUAAAAGCAAUUUGGUGUCCCGAUACGGAACGAAGUAUAGAAACUGCUGCCAAUAACGAUGUACCAUCGGUGUCGCAUACAGCAUUUCAGCUAAUUUCAAGAAAUGAUACAAAUGCGAUUGUUAUCACUGGGCAUGCUGCUCAUAAUGCCUUAUUUUGCAUGCAGGCACAAGCUUUAAAGAAGAAAGCAAUAUGCAUCGGUACAGCUGCACUUUCCGAGCAGACGGCUCAAUUGCUUGCGGAAUUUUCGGAAAAGCAUCACACAUUUCUGCAAAUUAUCUAUCCAUUGAAGUACUCAGCGCCCGUGGAACUAAUUAAGGCGAAUAUCGCAAAAAUAGGUUCAAUUCAAAAUAUAAGUGCAGAGGCAACAUUCGAACAGCCUCAAGAUGCUGAGCAUCGUCUAUACAAUGAAUGUAAUACUGUUCUUCAUCAAGUAAGUCAUGAACUUCUCGAUGCACUGAGUGUAAUUUGUGAUUGCAAUCCGAUACCGAUUGCAACCACGUGCCAUCAACGAAGCAGUUUGGUGGAACAUUUCCGAUUACAAGAAUUACAGUAUGUGCAUAUGCAAAUUGCUUUUGGUAAUGCAGUUGCAAGCAUUCGAAUUGCUGUAAAUACAGCUAAAACAUUGAUCUUGCGGAUUACUGGCGAAAUGGGUUUCUUCCUGUUGGAUCCUCGUAUGCUUAUACUAGAAAGACGUGAAGGCCAAGGAAUACUGUGGCGCGGUGACGGUACCAUGGAAAGUAUUAUUCGUGCCGGCAUUGUGAAAGCUUUAGAAAAUUGUGAUUGCGAUAAGAUAUCAACGGAUAACAAUGAACUGAGUUUGGUGCAGUGUGUUUCUAAGUGUCGUUUUAUAUAA